CGAACUUUGAACCCGAGAUUAUUCGAAACCUAGAAGCGUACACGACUUGUUUGAUAAUAUAGUUCGCGCAUUUGGGUGGUGCUGCGAAGUCGAUAUUUCAACGAUAUAUUGUGUGAUAAACGAGGGAGCUCUUAGUUGCAUUCUGCGAUAGCACAAAAACAAAUCGCGGUUGGUAAUCCAAGUGAGCGUUUUAAAUUUAUAAAAUCGAACAGCGACGAAACGUCACCCAGACCACACACUUGCGCCUUUGGCACCUGAUCCAAAUCUAUUAUAACAAUGGCUACCAUUCUGAGAGGGUUCGGUUUGGCCGAGAAUUUGGCCAUCAAAAACGGCACAAAAAUUUUGGGCUCAUUGGGAGGUUCCCAGAUUUGGCAACCACAAGUGCAGCAGAAAAGAAAUCUCAAUGUGCAUGAACACAUUAGCUACACCCUCCUCAAGGAGGCUGGCAUCCAAGUACCAAAGUUUGGUGUUGCUAAAUCCAAAGCUGAAGCGAAAGAGAUUGCCAAAAGUUUGAAUACAAAUGAUUUGGUGUUGAAAGCACAAGUUUUAGCUGGAGGCAGAGGUAGAGGUCAUUUUAAGAAAGGGCUUAGAGGUGGAGUCAAAAUGGUUUUCAGUCCAGAGGAGGCUGAAGAUCUCUGUGGUAAGAUGAUUGGAGAUUUCUUGAUUACCAAGCAAACUGGAGAGAAAGGCAGAAUUUGCAAUGCUGUUAUGGUAGCAGAAAGGAAAUUUCCAAGGAAGGAAUAUUACUUUGCAGUCAUGAUGGAAAGAUCAUUCCAAGGACCAGUAAUUAUUGCUUCUUCACAAGGUGGUGUCAAUAUUGAAGAAGUGGCUGCUGAAAAUCCAGAUGCCAUCACUUAUGAACCCAUUGACAUUAUUACAGGCUUGUCAAAGGAACAAGCAGAAAGGGUUGCUACCAAAGUAGGAUUAGGAAGUCAAAAGGAAAAAACCACAGAAAUGCUAUUAAAGAUGUAUCAACUGUUCUUGAAGAAGGACGCCCUUUUGGUUGAAAUAAACCCUUAUGCUGAAGAAUCUCCAGGCAACUUUUUCGCAUUGGAUGCCAAAUUCCGUUUUGACGAUAAUGCCGCGUUCCGUCAAAAGGAACUAUUCGCGUUGCGCGAUUGGACUCAAGAAGACCAAAAGGAAGUGGCUGCCGCGAAAUUCGAUUUGAAUUACAUUGCUUUGGAUGGUAACAUUGGCUGCAUGGUGAACGGAGCUGGUCUGGCAAUGGCUACCAUGGACAUCAUUUCUUUGCAUGGUGGAAGCCCUGCCAACUUCUUGGAUGUUGGCGGUGGCGCUACCGCUCAAGCCGUAAAGGAGGCAUUCAAAAUUAUCACAGCUGAUCCCAAAUGUCAUGCCAUCCUUGUCAAUAUUUUCGGUGGUAUCAUGAGAUGCGAUGUCAUUGCGGAAGGUAUUAUCGCCGCUGCCAAGGAAUUGUCCAUUAAACUACCUAUUGUGUGCCGUCUUCAGGGUACCAACGUCGAUGAUGCUAAAGUGCUUAUCGGCAAUUCUGGUUUGAAGAUUUUACCCGUAGAUAAUUUGGACGAGGCAGCUAGGUUGGUCGUCAAGUUAUCUAAGAUUGUUAGCAUGGCUAAGGAUGCCAAAUUGGGUAUUAACUUUGAAAUGCCUCUAUAAGCAAUUACGCUAUUAUCGAUUUUUAUUUAAAAAGAAAAUUUAUCAAAUUUUUUAAACGAAAAGACAAGAAUCUUUUUAGAAUUUUUUUUUGCUUUUAUGCAAUGUUUCUAAAUUAAUUUAUAACGCGCAAUAGUAUUUCCAUCAUGCAUUAUUAUGUGUUAUUGAAAAAUUAUUAAAUUAUAAUUUGUA